GUGCGCAUGCGCCGGGGUCAGCUGACUGUCAGUGAUCAGCAGGAGCUGGGGACGCGGAGCUGAGCGGCGGCCGCAGCAGAUUGAUCAAGAUGGAUUUCAGUAAACUUCCCAAGAUAGGCGAUGAGGACCAUGAGACUAUGGUUGGAUAUGUCCAUGGCGUCUCUGGUCCCGUUGUCACUGCCUCCAAUAUGGCUGGAGCAGCAAUGUAUGAACUGGUUCGUGUAGGUCAUUCUGAGCUGGUUGGUGAGAUUAUCCGUUUGGAGGGAGAUAUGGCUACAAUCCAAGUCUAUGAAGAAACCUCUGGUGUAUCCGUCGGAGAUCCAGUGCUUCGUACAGGAAAACCGCUUUCUGUGGAGCUGGGACCCGGCAUUAUGGGAGCCAUUUUUGAUGGGAUCCAGCGACCUCUCAAGGACAUCAAUGAUUUGACGCAGAGUAUUUACAUCCCCCGUGGUGUCAACGUGAAUGCUCUGAGUAGAGAAUUGAAGUGGGAAUUUACUCCUUCCAAGAAUAUGCGGGUUGGUAGUCACAUCACUGGUGGAGAUAUAUAUGGCUUUGUGUUUGAGAAUUCUCUUAUUAAGCACAAGAUCAUGCUUCCUCCAAAAAGCAGGGGAACUGUCACAUAUGUCGCCCCACCAGGGAACUAUGAUGUUUCUGAUGUGGUUCUGGAACUUGAAUUUGAAGGCAUCAAAGAGAAGUUCACCAUGGUUCAGGUAUGGCCUGUUCGUCAGGUGAGGCCAGUCACUGAGAAGCUCCCAGCCAAUCACCCUCUGCUGACAGGACAGCGUGUGUUGGAUGCACUUUUCCCGUGUGUGCAAGGUGGAACCACGGCUAUCCCAGGGGCCUUUGGAUGUGGAAAGACCGUAAUUUCUCAAUCACUCUCAAAGUACUCCAACAGUGAUGUGAUCAUCUACGUUGGAUGUGGGGAGCGUGGCAAUGAGAUGUCUGAAGUUCUGAGAGAUUUCCCAGAGCUAACGAUGGAGGUUGAUGGGAAAGUAGAAAGCAUUAUGAAGAGAACAUCGUUGGUGGCUAAUACCUCAAACAUGCCAGUCGCUGCCAGGGAAGCCUCCAUAUACACUGGCAUCACCCUUUCUGAAUACUUCCGGGAUAUGGGUUACCACGUCAGCAUGAUGGCAGAUUCCACAUCCCGAUGGGCUGAGGCGCUAAGAGAAAUCUCCGGACGUCUGGCAGAAAUGCCUGCUGACAGUGGUUAUCCUGCUUACCUGGGAGCCCGUUUAGCCUCAUUUUAUGAGCGUGCAGGUCGGGUCAAGUGUCUGGGAAACCCUGAGCGAGAGGGUAGUGUCAGCAUUGUUGGAGCUGUUUCUCCCCCUGGUGGUGAUUUCUCCGAUCCUGUGACGUCAGCUACUCUUGGUAUCGUACAGGUAUUUUGGGGAUUGGAUAAGAAGUUAGCACAACGCAAACACUUCCCUUCAGUCAACUGGCUGAUCAGCUACAGUAAGUACACCCGCGCUCUGGAUGAAUACUAUGACAAGCACUUCACUGAAUUUGUGCCACUGAGGACCAAAGCUAAAGAGAUCCUGCAGGAAGAGGAGGACCUAGCCGAAAUUGUCCAACUUGUUGGAAAAGCAUCCUUGGCGGAGACGGACAAAAUAACUUUGGAGGUGGCAAAGUUGAUAAAGGAUGAUUUCCUGCAGCAGAAUGGAUACACUCCCUAUGACCGCUUCUGCCCAUUCUACAAAACUGUCGGUAUGCUGUCAAAUAUGAUUGGCUUUUACGAUAUGGCUCGUCAUGCUGUUGAGUCAACUGCACAAAGUGACAACAAGAUCACGUGGUCGAUUAUCCGUGAAAACAUGGGCGAGAUUCUGUACAAACUGAGUUCCAUGAAAUUCAAGGACCCAGUGAAGGAUGGAGAGGCAAAAAUCAAAGCAGACUACAUGCAACUUUUUGAAGACAUGCAAACUGCAUUCCGUAGUCUAGAAGACUAAAACCAGUUGUUUCUGAGAAUACUUUAAACAAAAUCCGGUUUGCCCAGUAUUUAUAGCUGUGUUGUUUCUUGUUUUUUGUUUCCUUGCAUUCCUUUUCUACAUUUAACAUCUUAACAGUUUUGAUGUAUUCAAUGUAGAGUCAUUGGUUCACAACUCAGAUGGAGUUUGAUAGGGUUAGUUUAUUCUGAAUGUCCUUGUGGAAGGGUGGGAUUUGCUUACCAAUAGUGAAAACAAAUGUCAGUAUUGUGUCUCUGCCAUAACUGGUAUUGUACACCCUUUGUUUCCUGUAACGAACAAGUCAAGUUCACUUUUAAACCAUUGCAGAAACAAGUGUGACCACCUCACUUUAUUUUUUAAAUGUAAGUCAAUGGCAAAUAUGCAUUGUAAGGUGUCCAUGUAUACAUAAGAGUCUGUAUAUAUAUUAAAAAUAGGUAUCUACACUAUUGCAAUCAUAAAGUUCUAGCCUUACCUUUGGAUUCUCAUCAACUGAAUCCAAAACAUUCAGAAGUAAUCCUAUUUUGGCAUGAAAUACCACAACACGAUUCUUGAUGUGUAAAAAAAAAAACCUCUCAUGACUCUUUGCCAGGGCACAGCUACCAUGGGGAAUGCAGUAAUAGCAAGCAGGAUUACCAGCUCCAAUCCUAACAGCAUCACCAGUAACUGAUGCUGGUGGACAUUGUUGACAUGCAUGCAAAAUUUAGCUUGACAGAAUUUAGUUAACUUCCAUUAGAUUUUCAUUAGUGUAGAAGGGAACUGAACCAGUCCAUGCAACACCAAUUUCAAACCUUGCAACAGAGCCAGAGACCUCUUGUCCUACAAAUUAAACAAAAUAACUAAAGGCUAGGUUCUAGAGCUUAGGUUAUAUAAGCUUUGCAUCCUUAACCUUGAUCUGCAGUGGAAUUGUGCACCAAGCUCUUGAUUUGGCUUUCUCAGUACAAGCCUCAUUUAGAAUCUCUACUUUGACUUGUAUUUGAAAUUAUUACCAACUGCUUUCUAAAUUAAGCUGAAAAUUUUCUUAACCUGGAUCUUUUGGAGUCUUUGCAAUACAAAGCAAACAUCUUCAUCCUUAUAAAGCUGACAAGCCAAAUACUUGACUGUCAUCACAGAGUAAAGGAAAGGCUGUCAUCAUAGGGGAAAGCCAACCUGUGAUUUGAAAGGGUCAGUACACAACAAUUUGUAAUAAACUUGCUUUAUUGGAUAAUGAAACUGAUUCCAGGGCAAGUUGUGUGUGUAGAGAGGGACUCAGAAAGCCAACUGUACUGAGUACUGCACCAGGUUCAGAUGGUAACGUAUGGAGUCAGUUGAUCAGAAGUAUGCGUGAGAUCCAAUUUUAUUGCUUUCCUGCUGAAAAAAUAAGAGGUGGAAGGUUGUGUACAGGUUAAUGCUGUUGGCCAGCAAACGGAAUCAAUGAAGUUGAGGGAAAAUUGUCAUGGUAAGAAAGAGUGUAAUGAUGCUAGAGUGAUGUAAAUCAGGAAAGUGUUCAUGUAUGUUUUAUAAACUAGAAUGAUAGGCUCAAGGGAGGGAUUUUGAAACAAUCAGAAGCUUUACAUGGUACAUUGUACCUGCCAGUGUUACCAGUUCAAACACUGGUUUAAUGGUGGUGCUCCUAUUAAUUUGUUUUUUUUCUUUUCGCCCUCGAUAUUUGAGUUUUACCUCCCAAGAAUGCGGCCCUGACCCUUAGCCCAGAAUGUUCCUAGGUGUGGAUAACAUUUUCUUUUUCCCCCGAAGACGGUUCUGGUUUGUGGGGUGUGACUGGUUUGUGCCUGAAACAUUGCACUGUGGGAUAAGCUAGUUGUAUCAGUGACCUAGUCUGUCAGUUAGUAUUGUUAAGGAUCUCCAGUCCUAUAAUAGGAUAUUUCAUUUUGGAGAUACUGGUGCAGGAGUUUAGAUUACCUAGUUUGCACUGCUAGUUUGUCUAAUGGAAGGAAGGUGAGUUCACCGAAUAGCCAUUAUCAGAGAUGUGUAGAAUGUUAAAAUCUUAUUUAUUAGGUGCGGUUCAAAUAUUGUAAUUACAAAUUUUUCGGUUCUCUUAGGGAUGCAACUGUUGCGCUUGCCUAAUAAUGAAUCGCUUUGGCUUUAUAAAUUAUUUCCCAUUCCAUCUGCCUUAUGUUUGACUUUUGUCACUCUUCAUUAUGCUGCUCAUAAUUUAGUUGUGGGGUGAUGGGAAUAUACUGGAGAUGGGUGAUAUUUGUAAAUGUAAACCAGUAAUGAGUGGGAAAUACACGAUGUAUGAACAUCAAGCUGCAGCAUAGCUCCCCGGAGUAAGGGAAGUGCAGCUUAGUUUUAGUUUGGGAAAACAUUCGCUGUUGCUUAAUAAAUAUAGUGCUAACAUUUUACUGCAUGUUAGAAUAUAUAGUUUAACCUUUUUGAAAUCUCGUCUUCCAACAUGAAGCUUAUUAGAAAGUUCACUAUCACAAUUUGCAAUUAUUUAUUAUGGAGUCUUCUAAGAAUAUGAAGGCCAUUACAAUGCGUUAAGUCUUGUGCCAGUUGGAUAAAGUAUCAAAAAAAAAAUUUGGGUUGGUGUAAAUCUAUUUGAAUUUUCAAUAUUUGAGAUUUCUUAGAUUCCUUUGCAUUCAGUCCAGUUAUGACCAUUUUGAGCUUGCAAGGUAGAUCAAAGCAAGAGAGUUCCCUUUGAACCAACUUUUUAAGAUAUUAAAUUGUUCAAUACCUGUGGAAAUUAGGAAAUAAUCCGUUAAUUUUGUUUAAGCUUGGCGGAGGAGUCUGGCUCUGAUUGGUUUAUCAGUAAGAUGCAGUAAUUCAUUGAUUUAACUUCAAACCACUUAUGUGUUCAUAAUCCAUGUUGUCCUAGGAAAAGCAAAGGAAAUGUUCAAGUCCAUUUUGUAAAUAAUUUUGAAUUUGGUACUUUCAAACAGCAUUCCUUCCCAAAAUAAAUUUUAAAGGAUGUCAAUGCAACGGCUCCUUUUUGAAGAUUAUUUGAAUACUUUCAAAUGAAUUUUGGAGAAAAAAAAAUCAAAGGAGGCAAGGCAGUGCAAAUCCGCUGGGUCUCUGCUUACCAGUGCCUAGAAUGUUAGCGCUUUAGCAAGAAAGGAUGAGCAUCUCCAGGGAUGGUCUGCAGCAAAUGAAAGACAUUCUAUACAUCUGGAACAUAAUAGGCAGUUUCUUCAAAUGACAUCAUUUUCAUAAGCAGUAAAUACAUGUAAUUCUGCUUCCAGUUGUGUGAAAAUGGGCAUUCCCUCUGAUCAAAUUCAUGUUAAAAGCCUUGUAAUGCAGCAAAUAGCAAUGAAAUGUGGGUGUAAUUAAUAAUGAUCUUGCUGUAAAGGGUAUUGGAAUAUAUUGGGAAUUAAAGCAGUGAUGCAAUUGUACAUUGUGAUUAAUGUAAGGCAAUAAUUCAAGUUGUAUUUUUCCAGUUUUGAUGGUAAACUUCACUGUUCAGUAAAUGAUCUUUGUGCACGGGAUGGUUACAUUUUCAUAUUUGUUUGGUCAUUGUGUAAAAUUGCAAAAAAUAAAACCUAAUAAAGUUA